AUGGAAUCCUUAGAAGACUCUAAUUGUCCCUCAAUAAGCGAUAGUUUGUCUUUAUACCAGCGCUAUAUGCGGAGUUUUAAUGUAGUAGAUAAAUUGGUGCAAAAUAACAAUAAUUUUGAACAAGCAGAGCCUGUUUCGUCAAGCACUCGCGAUUACGAAAGCUCUAACAGUGGGGGUAACAUUGAUUUGUCAGCUGUUAUUCCGUCAAAUGUGGACAAACACUGUGUGGGGCUGAAAGGUGAUUACAGUUCCUUGCAACAUAUUAGUGAUAUCGACAAUUACGUACAGAAACAACAUUCUGACACAGAAGCAGAUUUGCGUACUAAAGCAGAAUCGUCCUGCACCUCUUUAGUGGGGUCAUUGCUCGAGACCUCGUCCAGUACCCAAGAACAUAGUGACUUACAUGAUAAAUCUAACCUUGUUGAAGCUGACGCUCGCGUUUAUUUAGAAGAUUCGAAAUCUGAAAGUUUUAAACAUACUGUUUUUAUAACCUCAACUAUGGAAAAUAGUAAUAAUGCUGUAGAUAGCGUGCCAAUGUUUCGCGACACAAGACAUUCUGAAAGUAUCUUUAAAUUGCCAAUUAGCGAGCUUUCCUUUAAUGGUACAAUAAAACAUAUUCAAAAGUUAAAACCCAUUGUAGACCCUUUAACAGCUCUAAGUACUGCUAACCCUGGACUGGUUGCAUUGUAUGAUAAUCCAGUUAACAAUGUAGAAUGUGUAGCAAGCAGCAGUGCUUCAAUGAAUUUAUGUGUACAACAGGAUAAUUGUCAACCUCUUAGUGACACAUCUGAAGACAAAAGUACAUGUGAUGCAGGCAAAGUAGAUAAAGCUACUGAAAGUAGUGGAGACUCACAAUAUGAAGAAUUCAAUCUUAAAAAGGAAUAUGUGAAAUUUAAUAAUGAAGACGGGAGCAAUACUAAAUGGAGUUUGGAACAAAGUUAUUCUUCAAUAGAAACAUCAUUUGAUAGCGGUGUGAGAUCUCCCGAUAUGUUUUCUGAUGAUGAUGCUGAAUCUACUUCAGACCCGGAACCAUUCUGGAAUUUUCUUAAGGAUUUUGAAAGUUAUGACAAAAGGAAAGUCAGAAAAAUUGAGGAAACACUACAAGGGAUUCUACCACCUCCAUCAGUAACAACUUUAAAAACAGAUGUUACAGAAAUGCUCAAGAAAUAUUACUGUUUUCUGCCUGCCUUCAGUGAUGAUGAUAAACUCAAUAAUAUAGAAGCUAAUUCGAUGACACCCACAAAAAAAGUUUCAUUCAUCCAUAUACCUACAGUUUCUAGUGCAUGUGAUAUGUACCAAGAAACAGCUACCAGUAACACACAUGUGAAUUCUAAAAAAGUUAUUGCCACAAAAGACAACAAUGCUUCAGAUUGUGAAACGAACACAAGUAUAAAUGAUAAGAGUAUUGAACUAAAAAUGGGUACAGAAACAGAGGCAAAGGAGACUCUAUGGCCCGAUGUGCUUAAAUGCAGAUAUUUUGAUGUUAAUUACAAUAUUUCGAACUACACUGAAAAAUAUGAAUUGUUACUUCAGCGGUACAGAGAAAGAUUUGUCGGAGGCGAAACUGAUACCAGUGUUAACAUUUAUUCCGGUGGGUUGCAGUCCCCUAGCAGUGCAAGCAAGCGGAAAGCGUUGAGACUCAAAAUGGCCCAGGCGAAGUCUCCGGGCCGUCGCCUGUCUCAUUUGGCUCGGCGUCGACAAGCAUUCUGUAGUGCCGCGACUAUAAACGAGAAAGCGCAAGCGUCAACAGCUAAGAUGGUGCUUAUUGAUAAGAAUUUCUUCCCACACAGAAAACUGAUAAAUUCGGCGGAGAGGAAAAGCCCACGGUUACGACGCACUCCAGGCAAGAGGACACCAAUACGCAAUACACCAGGCAAGAAAACACCAGCGAAGACACCAAAGACCAAAAGCGGAGGAUCCAGUAAGAAGAAAGCUAUGAGGAGGUUGCUGAUGGACUCUGAGAGCUUAUCUCGAUCGCAGCCAACACGAGAAACUCUGAAAAGGGCGCUAUUUGUCAGCCCUGAGAACAGAAAAUCCAUUCCAAAUACUACAAGUUCCUCCAUGCCACAUCAAGCUAUGAAAUCAAAACGAGCAUUAUUCGGAUCUCCAGUGAGAUCUGCGGAGACUAAAAGCAUGGACGGCACCAUCAGCGAUCAGUUCCUCAAACGCAAACGUGAUUCAUUAGAUGAUGAAUUGGAUAACGGGAGGAGUAAGAUAGCAAAAAGUUUGUCAUUCGGUGGAGACUCCAUAAGCAGAUCUCAACCCAUCGCGUUUAAUCGUCGGGCAUCGGAAAUACUAUCCACAAAGAAUUCGGCAGAAUUAAACGAGACACAUAAGAAGAAACUUUUAUGGGCGGUAUCUGAGGCACUACGAGUCCAUGGCUGGCGCAUGUCGUCGCCGGGAUUCCGUGAGAAGGCGUCCGCCCUGGCGCGACUGACCAGACGUCUGCUGACCUUGCCCCCUCACGCGGCCAAACUUGCGGCACCUAAGUUGUCAACUUCGGAAACCAUGCUCAAACUUGCACGUCAAUACGUCUAUGCAAUCAUCCAAGGUCGAACAGUUGAAGAAUGUUUUCAAGAUGAACAAAUUAAAUUGGCAAAUGAAACCAAUAAAAUAUCUGGCUAUAUUUCCGCCACUGCAUAUCAGCAAAUGAAGACCAGACAGGUGCCGGCACCAUCUACAUUGACGUCCCAAAUUAAGGAGAAUACUGGUUCAAAUUUAUCCAUAAAACAAGAUCAAUCAAAAAGCGCCUCCAAAAACAUUUUACAGGAUAAACUUGUUAAUAUAGACCACAACUCCAAUAGCAGCAGUGGAAUCAGCAUGUUCGAUAAAGUCGGAUUAUACAAGUCCAACUCGAUGCCGUCAUUCGAAGAUGCUGCUAAAAUGAGAGCAAGGAGACAAAUUAGUUUUGAUAGUGUAGACUUUCCAAAGAGGUGA